GGAGCAACACCGAUUCAGGAUGAUGAAUUUGGAAACCGUACUGAGGACCGUGAGCCCGCACUUUCUCAACCUGUCCGAGCGGAUCUUCGCCUACGGUCCUCAGGGCAAACUCGUGCUGCGAAACCUCGAGGAACACUGGUUCGCGCACUGCGUCACGAUGUCGCGUCACAACGUGUUCCUUUACGACGGGAACAUCGCGGACACGCUGCAUUUGCUGCGAAGAACGAAGGCGGACGUGACGCCGUUUGCGCUCGCCACGUUCGCGACGUCGAAAACCACGUGGAACGAAUCCGCGCUGCCGGCCGGCGGCAAAAUAUCGUCGCACAGAAUCGCCAAGCUCAAAAUGUUGGUCGACGCGUCGGAGUCGACGAAUCUACUACACAAGAUUCAGAGAGAGCGCAAAGUCUGGUGGCGCAAACUCGCACAGUAUCCCUCGAGAUUCGUUCUUGCCGAGGCGAAGAAGGCGAGAAACGUCGACGUGACGGAUAUAGAGGCGCGAUUCCCCUUUGGAAGCGUUGCUGUGGAGACAAUUACUCAUCACUCCGACACACGUAAAUUAUUCCCUCAGACUGAAAGUGGUAAAGAUAUCGUCGCGGAUGUGCACAUGAUCGAGCAUGUCGCUUCCUUGGACUGGGGCUGUCUGGCGUUGCUCUGCGACAGUUACAUGUCGGACAAUUCAUCUAGUGCGCAUAUCCAUCCCAAGUUAUCGCCGUACAAAACGACCUUCUUCGUAAACAGACAGGGGAAUGAGACUGAUUGGACUGAUCGGACUGAGGGGACUGAUUCAGAAGUAGAAGAUUUAAAUCAAUUUGUACUAUAUUUAAACAAUAUGAUCAGGGGAAAAGGAAUUUCUACCAUAUUGACGAAUGACGAACAAAUUAUAGAAAUGUAUCUGAUACCGUUUAUCGUAUCAGUAGAUAAGACUAGUCUUAAAAAUGGCAUUGUCCAUGUAAAAAGUCGCUCGACCACUCUUCACGAGGCAGUUCACAUUACUGAUUUAGUUAAGUAUAUUGCUUUGCGUUCUUCUUGAAUUGCCAAAGUGUCUGGAUCUUUUUUUUCGUCGAAUUUUUCGUUCAGUGAUGAUUAUUCUAUAAAUAUGCGUAAUUACUAUGUUUAUUACUGAAAAUUAUAACAAUACACAAACUGUAAAUGUACACAAGUGAAAAUUCUGUUUCUAUAUAAUUCUUUCUGUUCCUAGAGAAACAUUUUUUCACCUCUCGUAAAUGUAUUUAAUUUUAUAAAAUGGAUAAAUAUCUCGGUUUUUUUUUUUUUUUUUUUUUGUUUUGUAAUAAUGUACGUCUCUGGAAAUGAGAAA